AUGGCUUCAAUUGCUGCUCGGAAGCAGGAUGCUCAAGAAUGGUUCUCUGAGUUGUGCCCGUUGAUUGAAAAGAAGCUGAAGGAGAAUUUGGAAGUCGGAAGGCAUUGGAGAGUGAGCAGGUCUGAUACCUAUGUGUAUGAAGUUCACUGCCAGAAGUACAAUAGCAUGGUAAAUUUGGAAACUCACUUUUGUUCGUGUGGAGAAUGGCAGCUGUAUGGCUUCCCAUGUUCCCAUGCCCUUGUAGUGAUCCAACAACAUGGUUCUUCCCCGUAUUUGUAUGUCAAUGAGCUGUAUAAGGUGGAGAAAUAUCGAGAAACUUAUUCUUUCCCAAUUAAUCCUCUUCCCUCUAUUUCGAAGCAAGUGCAUGAUUUUGGUAGAGAUGCAGUGAUAUUGCAGCCUCCUUUGACUAGAAGACCACCGGGAAGGCCUAGAAAGAAGAGGUUCAGAAAAAGGAGCGAGCAAACCAGGGUGAUCAAGUGUGGUAGGUGCGAAAAAUGUGAUGGUCACAACAGAAAGAGUUGUACAGCUCCGAUAUAG